UGUUUUUAUUCUGCCUAGUAACCUUGGAAUGGAUGUGUGGGAUUCAGAAGAAGAUAUUAUUCCCCCGCCACAUGCAGUGGAAGGACCUUUAGAACGGUUCCCAGAUGAAGAUUUUCAAGGGUCUGGAAAAAGAUUAAGAAUUUAUGAUGACCACUCACACAGUGAUUUGCAAGGACAGAUACAGUUGAGAGAUUUUGAUUUCAUUAAUAAGGGACCUGGACAAAGACGAAGACCAUUUCAUGAUCGCCAGUCUCAGGAUGAUUUACGAGCACCAAUGCAGAUGAGAAACUGGGACUACAAUAGGGGACCGGGACAGGGGCGAAGACCCUUUCCUGAUCGUCAGCUUUAUGAUGAUUACCAAGACGACAUGCAGCUCAAGGACCUAGACUUCAGUAACAAGGGCCCUGGACAACGACUGAGAUCUUUUCAUGGUCACCAGCUUCAUGAUGAUUUACAGGCAGAGAGACAGUCAAGGGACUUUGAAUUUAAUAGGGGCCGGGGACAAAGGCAGAGAUCUUUUCCUGAUCAUCCACCUCACAGGGAUUUGCAGGAAGAUGUGCCAUCAAAGGAUUAUGAUUUUAGUAGCAGGGGCCGUGGUCAGAGGCGAAGACCCUUCCAUGACCACCAGUCUCAUGAUGAAUUUCAGAACCGGAUGCAGUUAAAAGAGGUAGAUUUUGUCAGCAAAGGUCCUGGCCAAAGACUGAGGCCCUUCCACGACUAUCAGUCCCAUGAUGACUUACAGCCACAGAUGCAAGAGGGAGAUUUUGAAUUUGUAAACAGGGGUCGUGGUCAGAGAUUGAGACCUUUUCAUGAUCACCAAACUCGCAAUGACUUACAAACAGAGAUGCAACUAAAAGAUUAUGAUAAUAAAGGUCCUGGACCAAGACACAGAUCUUUCCAUGACCAAAAGUCCUAUGAUGACUUACAGGAACAGACUCCAUUAAAUGAUUUUGAUUACCCUAAUAAAGGGCACGGACAAAGGCUGAGAUCUUUUCAUAAUCAUCCAGCUCAUGAUGACUUGCCGCAUGAAUGGUGUUCAGACAGAAGUCAGUCUUUUUCAUCCCAUGAAAAUGUACCAGAAUCUCCUUUCUCCUCAUCCCCUUCACUUCACAGAGAUUAUGGGCCUGAUAAUGAUGACUUUAACAGAAGUUACAGUAAUCGACCAAGUUGUCCAGAAGACAAUAGGAGAAUGCAUCCUUCAGAUGAAUUUAAUAGAGGAAAAAACAGAUUUGCACCAUAUUCUUCCCAUACAAUGCAUCCAUCUUCCUCUGUGCACCAGGAAGAUGGUUCAAUAGACUACAAAAGAAAAGCUUUUCAAGGUGAAACUGCAAGAGAGAUGGAACAGGGCAAAAGGUUACCAGUUGUGACGGUUGAUUACAAUUAUGGCUUGCCAUUAGAUUAUGGACCCGAAGAGGACGAGAGGACACAUUAUGAUUUACCUCCACGAGAUCGCUACAGCUGGAACUGAAUGAAAAGGACAGUCUUUGCUCAGCUUAGACUUACAGUUACCCAUUUUACUUCCUAUGUGGACCAUUUUUUUAAAAAAACAAAUUAGAAAAGUGCAAAUUUCAAUAGCAGAGAAAUUCUCUCUAUUGUAAGAUUAGCUUCUACUGGUGUUUGGUUCUAAAAUUUAUUAGGAUGCUUUUGUUAAGUGUAGUUGGAGACAAUGUCUCAGUACCUAUGGAAU